UUUAAUACUUAACUUUUUUGUUUAUUUUGUUUAUUGAAGUUUCUAUAAGCCCUGACUUGAGUUUGUGGUUGACAGUCCUGCAGAGCUGCAGUUCUACCCUAACGCUGUAGGGGUGGCAGUGCAGGCGGUGGGGUGGCUCUUCCUUGUGUCGCGGUCAUCCCUCCAGCAGCUGACCGACCCUCACCUGCUGGUGGUCAUGUUGCUUGAUGGCAUCAGCUUCCAUGGCCAGACCAUCACUGCUUAUGUCCUCAUGAGCUACGUUAGCCCCGUCACCUACAGUGUAGCAAAUACGACGAAACGAGCCGUGCUCAUAUGGCUGUCAGUUUUGGUGUUCGGCAACGCCAUCACUUUGAGCAGCGGUCUGGGCACCGUCAUGGUGAUCGCUGGCGUGCUUAUGUACAGCAGAGCCAAGCAGCACGACCAGACCAAGAGGAUCCUCUUCUCGGUGCCUUCCACGCAAGUCGAUCGUCAUUACAAGUGAUCGUCGCGCUCACUUCAUGAGUCAAACUUGAUCAUUUCGAUCGUCAUUACAAGUGAUCGUCGCUUUACUUCACGAGUCAAACUUUAUCAUUUCAGAGAGAAGUGUCUCUGUUAACGUUCCAUGCUGGUGCCUUAUUUUUGUUGUUGCGUUCUCGUUAGGAGUGAUAUUGUGGGAGAACUUCUGAGGUAAUGUCUGGACAUUGUUAUAUGUGAUAACUAAUGACACUUUUAUGCGUGGAAACUAUGUUUUUAUUAAACUAACAUGUUGGUGUUGUGCCAAUUUCAGUGCUGAACAGUGCCUUCUAUAUAUUCUACUAGUGUGUUGGAAACUCAUCGUUUGUUCGUGUGUGCGGCGGUGUUUUAAAGUUUGGACAACGGUUUUUUAAUGUAUUUGUGCUUUGAGUGACCCAGAAACUAUAUUUAUGUGGCGCUAUGUUGGUGUUGC